AUGAUACGACCGUCAUACUUGCGUUCUCUCGCCCAUAUCCGCCGACGACUCGGGCUCGUCCCAUCGCCGCCAUGCCGGGCAUAUUCCCAUCGCACGCGCACGAUACAAUCAUCAAGAUCUCUCCCCUUCCCCCACAAGGUAACAUUAUUACCAUUCCGCCCAUUCAGCGUUUCCUCUGCACAAUAUGACUCGAACUCCUCACCCAAUACCAUCGUCCGCGUCCCGCCAAUGGCCGAGUCCAUUACCGAGGGCACACUGGGUCAGUUCAACAAGGCCGUUGGGGAUUUCAUUGAGGCAGACGAAGAGCUCGCGUCCAUUCAGACGGAUAAGAUUGAUGUCUCGGUGAAUGCCCCGCGGAAGGGGGUUAUUACCAAGCUGCUUGUUGCCGAGGGCGAUGCUGUUGUGGUUGAUCAGGAGAUUGCGGAAGUUGGGCCAGGGGAUGCAUAUUCCAAAGAAGAUGCAAAGGACCGGGACGAGGCGUCGCAGGUGUCGGAGAAGAGUAGCUCUAAGGAUAAUAUUGAGGAGACCAUGGAGCCUUCUACACACCGGCAGUCAGCGUCUUCAACGGCAGAGAGAGAGGACUCUCAGCCGAGUGUGCGUACACAGGUUGAAGAGCCCGCGCUGAUGUCUCUCGCACCAGCUGAGAAUCCCGAAGGGCUCGGAGAGACGCAGCCGAGUCGGGCAGAGGAAGUGGUAAAAAUGACACGCAUGCGCCAAACAACCGCAAAACGUCUAAAGGAGUCGCAGAAUACUGCCGCUUUCUUAACAACCUUUAACGAAGUCGACAUGUCGCGACUCAUAAACUUCCGGAAGAAGAACAAGGACGGAGUGCUCGAGAAACACGGAGUCAAGCUGGGCUUCAUGGGGCCUAUGACGAGGGCAUCAGCGCUUGCAUUGAAAGAGAUUCCCGCGGUUAAUGCGUCUAUUGAGGGUGGAGAUACAAUUGUUUAUCGCGACUACGUAGACCUAAGUGUUGCCGCAGCGGUUCCCAAGGGUCUUGUUACGCCUGUGCUUAGGAAUGUUGAGAGUAUGAGUAUUUCAGAGAUUGAGAGAGGGAUUGCGGGCUUGGUCAAAAAGGCUCGCGAUGGCAAGUUGACACUGAGCGAUCUCUCUGGUGGUACUUUUACGAUUAGCAACAGUGGCAUAUGGGGCUCGCUAUUUGGCACCCCAAUUAUCAAUUUGCCACAGACGGCUGUGCUCGGGACUUAUGGGAUCCAGGAUAGGCCGGUAGCUGUGGAUGGACGGGUUGAGAUUCGGCCGAUGAUGUAUAUUGCUUUGACAUAUGACCAUCGUAUCAUUGAUGGACGGGAAGCGGUGAUAUUCCUCAACCUGAUUAAAACGUAUCUGGAGGACCCAGAGCGCAUGUUGCUUGAGUAG